UUUCCGCCCUUUCUACUGCAAAGUGCCCAUAUUAUAAUUACCCGUUUGAUUCCACAUCAAAACCAGCAAUAUAAUAAAUACUAUCAUAAGCGUGAACUACCAUCCUGGAGAAAGGAUUUUAAAAAAGAAUGGAUGCUGCUAAAAGACAAAAAAAUCAAUAAUCAUUAUACUGUUGACAUUGAAAAGUGGAUCUGUGGAUGUUUGGGAUUUUUAACUCACCGGUUUUUUCUCUGCAAACAUCUCAUUCAAGCAUCUCAGUUUAUAAUUAACAAGUUCUUUUUUGAACAUAUUCAACGGCAAGAAAUUUAUCCUUUUAUAUUCUUACCGUUACAAUCUGCAUCUGUACAACAAGCUCAAUCUUCAACCGAACGAUCAAUGCAUUCAAAUACAG